CUCUCUGGCUGUGUGUGUAUAAAAUCACUCGCAGUCUGACAGCGUUCCAGUAACCUGUGCCACACGCAGAGCAGGAUGUACUUACGAACCAUCUGCUCGCAUGGCAUGGGUUAACUGAGCCUGUGGGAUUGUGCUUACCUAAACAAAACCACUGCAGUGAGGGGAAAAACAAUGAAUGGGUGGAGAUGAUCAGCCCAUGCAUUCCAGCUAGUGCAGUCCAGGCAGCAAAGACAGCCUGAAGGUUGCAGCAGCAUCGGGAUCUGCAUUCCAAGUGCACAGAUCUAACAGUCUGAAGUGAUUUUACGAGGAGCUGCUCUUUAUUUGCUGAGCCAUGGCCGGUAACCAGGCCAGCCUGCAGGAUGAUCAGAGCAGGCACUGCAAGUUCUUAUCCUAUAUGUUCUACCAGGCUGUGAGAGAUCACAAGCCUGUGUGGAUGCUGGAAGACAUGAGGACUAUGGAGUAUUUUUACUGGGAGGAAAAUGCCAGCCUAAGAACCUACUCACCUUCAGAAGCCCUUCUCUAUGCAGUGGUGCAUAACCACCUGCCUUAUGCUCAGUAUCUGCUGUCUCAUUUUCCAGAGGAGGCUCUCAAGGUGCCUGGGGAACACUUCUGCUAUUGCCCGUCCUCUGCUCCUCACUUGGCCAUGGCGGUGACAUACGACAGGAGAGAUAUCUUGGGGCUGAUCAUCAAAAUUGCGCACAAGCUUCCCAGCUUGAACUCCUACAUCAACAGGACUGGCUGCUUUCAUCUGGAAGAUGGGAAAACCCCCCUGCACCUUGCCUGCGAACUGCUGAGGUCAGAGACGGUCCUCAUCCUCCUCGGAAAUGGAGCUUCUCCCAGGAUAGAAGACAGUAAAGGGCUUACCCCGCUGGACGUCAUCCUGGAGCAGAUGUGGGACUCCAAAGUCAAUGUGGCAUCAAAGAAGCUCUGCCUCGACUACCUCUUGCUUUUCAUGCCCAACCCCCAGUUUAAGAUGCGGAAAGUUCUGCAGGAGCAUCCGGACCACUGGACAGCUUUGCUGGGGGAAGACAAAUUCAACAGCCUGGUGGGGAAUGCACCUGCUUCUUUAUAUCUGCAAGCUAUGCAAACUGUUCUCCGGACUCUUCCCCCCUCCCACUUCCCUAAGAGCAUCCAGGAACUACCUAUACCUCAGGCACUAAAGCCCUUACCAUCCUAUGGCAAAAAGCUACCGACAAAAAAUGUGGUAAAUGUUUUUCCUUGACUUUAUUCGCUGGGUCUUGGAUUUUCAAAGGCAACUUAGGGGAGCUGGUCAUCCACCGCCCUCUGCAUUUUAGUGUGUUUUUAGUACUUAAUCUAUCUGGCUAUGCUGGAAAAUCCAAUAUUUUGUGACAAGAUUUUAAAUGUCUUUUCUAAUUGAUUGCAGGCACGGCACUUUUAACGGCAAAAGCCUUCCUUAUUUUCUCUUUUGUUGUGCAUGUGAAGGGUUAACUGUAGUCAAGACUGUGUUAUGUUUGGUUUCUUAGCUGUCAGCUGGUAUCAGUGUAUCUGAAUCCCCAAUAUGAUAACUGUAUCCUGUGUAACUUACCUGGGUAAGAAGGAACUAUGUGCCCAGUGGGAUUUUCAAAUGGUUUAACUAUGGGACUGUGUUCUGCUAGAGCUGGGAGAAAUAUGGUCCUAUACCAACAGAGUUCAAAUGUCAGGUUUCCUUUCUAACAAUGAUCCAGCAUCACCUAGUAAUAACCAAAACGUCCAUGGCUGAUGCUGCAGGGACGUAGAGGCAGUCCUGCAGGGUACCUGAUUUUAUCAAGUUACUUUACAGCAGGUCAUAGUGUUGGAGGGCAGGAGUUCAGAGAGGGGCAGGGAGUGUUUAUGCCUGGUGCGGGGUUUAGAGGCAGGCAGAAGAGCUAAUGGAAAGCAUUUUGUCUUACCUGGGAGUGAGGGGGUUAAAGGCAAUCCCAUCUCUGAUGCCUCUACAGACUUGUGCAAUGGGGAAGGAACUAUUUUCCCUGCUGUCCAGUAAACAAACAGGAAUCAGAGCAGGGCCAGUGGGAGCUCUGUUCUUCAUAAGUGAUAUUAUUUCUCCUUGACUUGUGUUUUAGGCCUGAACAUAUCUCUGCAAGAGAUGUAGCUCACUAACUUGAUUGCCCAGUGGGUCUCAGAGCCUCUGGCACUUGCUAGUUAUCUUAAGCUGGGGUAUGAUGUUCUGCUGGUAAAAGUUGUCACUUGUUGGCAAUUAGAGUAUUUUUGCCACCCAAGUCCAGACAGAGGGCCUGAUCCUGGAAAAUACAAAAAGUUCCCAUUGACUCCCCUGGGCACUGCAGACAGGAGAGGUUUGCAGAAAGCAGGGCUGGGGCUGCCCUCCUUUCUGGGAGCUCUGUGCCUCACUGCACAGGCGGGGCCCUGCCUGUUCAAGGCACUGGUCCUGCUCUCCAGGCCAUGCUCAGCACCAACUGAGCAGUGGCAGGAUCCAAGCUCCCUUUGGGAGACAUCCCUUAUUUUGGACACCAGUGUUUUCCUCUCUUUGUAAGCACAACCCUCUGCUCUGCUGAAGUACCAUAGCCCAUUUCCUCAGAUCUGUACUGAACAGCAGUGAAGAAAUCACUCAUCUCUUUAAAUAAAUUUGGACCCAAAGGCUGUGUGAUACAAACCCCUUGUAGCAAGGCUCUGGCUAAGAAAAGAUGUGCAUCCACAUCUCAAUUGCUCCAUGCAAAAAUGGCUUGUGUCUCAUCUGACUGAUUCCCUGCCUAUGCCAAGGCAGCUGUGCUGGAGCUGCACCUUUUUUUCCAUCAGCACAGGGAGCACUUCUGCUGGGCUCCCCUGUGCACGGGUACCUUCUGUGUGCCAGGACGCUGGCAAUGCCAGCCCCGGCCAGGUGGAGAUUUCCUGCAGGGCUGCACAUCGUGCCAGACACAGCCAACUGGAACGUCCUUUUGGAGACACUGGGAUGCUCCUCCCAGAUGUCCCUUCCCACUUGUGGUGGAAGCACCUCAGUGCCGCCCACACUGUGUUAGGUGAGGGUGCAGGCUUGCUUGUCAGAUGGAGAAAAUGUCAGCCCAGCCCUAAAAGUGGCAAGCAGGCCAUGAAGGGGUUAACCAUCCUUCUGAAAUCUCACAUGCCUGGUGGUGCAGUGUCCUUCCACCCCUGCCCCUGGGGACCUGCAUGUCUGUCCCCAUCUGUGUCUAUUCCUCCUGGUGUGAUGGGGGAGGGUGUGAGUGGUGGCAGAGAAAUUCAGGGUCAGUCUUGGCUGGGGGUUUUGUGGAGAGGCUGCUCGCUCGCUGGCUCAGCAGCCUCUGUAGCAGGCGGAGGCUGUCACAGCUUGGGAAGAAAAGCAGAGCCCAAGGCAGAUUUGCAUUACAAGCGACAGCUGAGCUGCUUCUGCCAAGUCCUGCAGGCUCCCCGGCCCUGUCAGCCCCCAGAAACCCGGAGCUGGAGGCAGAGAACAAAGCAGGCACUGGCUGCCCAAGGCUGAUGAGAGGGUCUAGGCAGAGCACGGCUCCUGUGGCACCCCUGGAGUCCGGAGGAGCCGGAUUGGGAUCGUCCCCAGCAGCAAUGCGGUAUGUCAUCAGGAUGUCGGUGGGCGAGAGGCGGAGGAGGCUGGUGAUGGAUAUUAUUAGAAUAGUAAUUAGGCCCUGAGAGCAGAGAACCCAGGGAAGGAAGGAAGGAAGGAAGGGAAAUCAUCAACUGCUAUUGCACUGGCUCGAAACCAUGAGUUUCAGUGCUAUAAAGGGUUUCAGAAAAGACAGGGGUUUCAGAAAAGACAGGAGGGAGGGGAAGGUUGUUCAACUUGCAAAUCAAAGGAGGCUGGUAGGGAUUCCUGGCAUUAAUGAGGCAGCACUUUUUAGUAGGGCGGGGGACUGUACCCUGAGAGCCAGAGAAACCCACUGGGAGCUAGUGGGUCUAAAACAGUGCAGGGAUCUCUUGUUGACUGUAAUAGUUGUGGAUCAUCGCAAAGGUCAGGGCUCAGGCACUUCAGGUUUGAUGAGUGGAUUUGUCACAGGCAGCAGGAUGCUCGUGUGCAUGCAUUUGUCCAUGUGGGAGGCUACCCUCUCUCCACCAGCCCAGACAGAGGAUAAGCAAUGGAUUUUUAGCAACCACCCAAGAAACUCAAAUUCUGGAGCACAUCUGCAUCUGGUACCACUGCAUGGAAGAAAGCUGCUGGCCCACUGUUGGCCAAGAUGCAAAAACUUCGAAGCACUUGGCCCAGUGCACAACAGGCAGCUGCCUACACUGGAAAGAUCACAGCCCUCUCAUUCCUCCGUUUCCUGACUGUUUUUACAAGACAUGAAGCACCAGGUGGCCCUCAGCUGCUGUGUUAUCAUCUGACCUCCAUCUGCAGUUCUGCUGGGCCAGAGUUUAGGCACACUGGCAUUGUGGUGGCGACUCUUUCCAUCACCUGUAGUGAUAUAAGUGCAGAAUGGGGCAUCCUUCUGCUGGAGUGGAGGAACCUUCUCCCUAAACCCUGGCAUAUCUUGUGGUGACCUUCCUGUUAGUCUGAGAUCCCAUUUGUCUUCAUGUUCAGUACAGUGGCAUUACAUCAGAUACAGCCAUAUCUACCUCAGCCCCGUCCGUGUUAAUUUUUUUCUCCUUUCUUUCCAAGGCAGGUCAUUAGUAAAAUAUCUUCCACACUUCCUGUGACCUGACAGUCCAUAGUCCUGAAAAAUCCCUAUGCUUGCAUGACAAAUAUAUUGGUGACUUUGUUAAUCAAAAAGGGUGCUGGGUGCUGUGUAGUGAUGUUUACAUUUUGCAUAUGUACAUACUGAGUAAGUGUAGAUGGGAUCUUUAUUUCUGAACUUGAGAAAAAGAAUAAAAGCGAGAGAGAAAAGGGAGAGCGCUCAGUUUUUGCUAAUCUUUUGGUUACACAUUGGCUCUGCAGGUUGUAUUUCUUUAAUUCCAAUUUUGAGGAGUACCAUUGUAAGGAUGGGGGGUGUGGGUGGGGGUAUUGUGGGUGUGGGUCCACGUGUGUAUGUCUGUGUCUCUGUCUGCCCUCUCCUGGUAAAACUCAUAACCGACUGACACUACUCGAACAUGUCAGUGACCAAUGCCUUAAGAACACAGCCUUUCCACGAGAUGAGUGUGUGUCCCCCGCUCUGUGCUGCUAACAGGUAAGGACAUUUCUUCUUCUCUUGUGAAGAGGCAACAGCUUUGCUCUUGAAAUGGGUGUUUCACCCCCGAACACCUACCACAAGGGCUUGUGUUUGUCAACGGCCACAACCAUCCAGUGAAGGGUUUGUGAUAGUGGCCACAUUUCAUUCUCAAAUCUUUUUUCUCUUUUUUUUUUUUUUUUUUUUUGAGUAAAAUCUGUUAAACGUGCAUCUUUGUCUUUCUCUGGGCUGCCAGCAAAAUUCAGCCACCUAUGACUGCCUAACCCUAUGCUUCUGUCUGUUUCUGCAGCACCAUUAGCAGGAAGGACAGACCAGAUUCUGACCUCAGUUAUAGCUCUUUAUACCUGAAGUAGUGCUUUGUAAGUCAAUUGCAUCACUCCUGAUGUUUGUUGGUCUAAAGGAAACCAGAAACUGUUUGUGCACUCAUAUUCUUCAAGACUUCAUAACUCUGACUUCAGCAUAUACGCGAUGCUUAAUCCCUGAAAACAUUUUUUUUACAUUUUUCAUACUUUGAAUAUAUGUAGAUAUGUAUUUUCCAUCUCUCUAACACUGAGGGACAUUUCCCUGUUCCCAAUUCCCUUGCCUUUUUUGGGAUCAGCAUGACAGUGACAGAUGCUGUUGUUCGCUGAUUAAGACUGAAUGUUGUCAUGCUGAAGUACAAACGAAUGUUCAUCGUAUGAUACAACUUUCCUACAAAGCCAUGCUUUCCUAAUUUUGGUUUCCCUUUUUUUUAGAGAAAAAAAAUCUUCCAUAUAAUUGUGUUUGUACAUUACUCGCUGCAUGAUGAAAGAUAAAAAGAUUGUAACAUGCUGGGAAUAAAAUAUAUAUACAUACUCUGAUAUAAUUAAGUAUAUUAGCUGUGAAAAUAAUUUAAUCUGAUUGUAUUACUGUAAUAAACUUGCAGUAUGAACUUGA